AUGGGACUCACCGCCGUCCUGGGGCUCUGCCUGCUGGGCUGCCUGGCCCUGCACCCCUGCCUGCAUGGGGCGCAGGCGAACAAGUGCCGCCGGGGGUGGCUGGAGCUGCGGGGUCACUGCUACGGGUACGUCAGGCAGGAGCUCAGCUGGAGGAAGGCGGAGGGCUGGUGCCAGGCGGCGGGCGGGGGGUGUCACCUGGCCUCGCUGCACUCCCCCGAGGAGCACCGCGCCCUCGCCGCCUUCGUGGCCCAGCGCCGGCGGGAGGAGGAGGAGGAGGAGGAGGAAGGCGUCUGGAUCGGCCUCUACCACCGCCGCCCGUCCUGGCGCUGGGCCGACGGCUCGGAGCUGCGUUAUUCCGCCUGGGAGGGGGACGACGGCCCCAAGGGGCGCCGCUGCGCCGCGCUGGAGGACUCGGCGGGGUUCCUGCUCUGGGAGGAGGAUUCGUGCGGCGAGAGGAAACCCUUCCUCUGCAAACACCCCGCCUGA